AUGGAAGGCUGGGCAGAAGGCGCCUACCAGGAGUUCGCAGUCGGGCUCGACUACAACCUCGUCGCCCUCCCGCCAAACUUGACGUACGAGCAAGGGUCCGCCGUGGGAGUCGCGUUUGUCGCCGCAGUUCUGGCACUGGGUGUGUCGCUCGGACUCGACUUCUCGACGAUAGCCGGUGGGCCCGACCUGUUUCGAUUGGUCCGAUCGAUCGACUCCCAGAAGAUUCCCGAGGACGUACGCAGGGAGACGUUGAACGGCAUCGAAGAGAGCGAGCGUCUGAAGCCCGGCGACUGGCUGGCCGUCUGGGGAGGAUCGGCCACGUCGGCCAACAUGACGAUCCAGCUCGCCAAGAUUGCCGGCCUCAAGGUCGCCGUCGUGGUGGACCAUGCCAAGCACGGCGCAUGGCUGUCAGCGCACAAGAACAUCCGCCCGGACCUCCUCGUUGACAGCCACGACCCCCAGAGAGCCGUCGAUAUCAUCCGCCGGGCCACGAGGGGGAAGGUACGCGCCGGACUCGACACCCGAGGCCGCGAGACGGCCACCCAUCUACUACGCUCUCUCCUCACCGAAGAGGAGGCCGAGCUGCAUUUGGACAGCAAGACGGAGAACCCGCCCACCCCUCCCGGCACACCGGGCAAGUCCACGUCCCGAGCGCAUCUAGUGGGUAUGACGGGCCUGCCGAAAUGCCCAUCGUCACCGAGCUACGCUUUCCACGCGGUCCCCAUAAAGCUGUUCCACGAGGUUCCCGAGAUUGGAGCCCCCAUCGCUAGUUGGCUUGGCCGUAUCCUGGAGAAGGGCAUCCUCUCUCCACCAGAUAUUCUCGGGGUCGAGCAAGGGUUGAAGAGCGUCAACGCUGCUCUAGAUCGUAUGAGAAACGGGGAGAUUUCUGGCGGGAAACUCGUCGUCAAGGUUUAG